AUGGAAACUUUAGCAACUCCGCACUUACGGAUUAAUAAAAUUUUGUUAAAUAUUGUAGGCCAAUGGCCGCAUCAGCCAAAAGUUGCGAAAACUAUUUGCUAUUGUUUGAUGUUGUUUUUUACGAGUACUCAGGCCUAUUUACAGAUUGCUGGCAUGAUAUGCGCGAGAAACAACAUCGAUCUCUUUUUGGAAUCAAUACCAACUGUUUUGGUGGAUUUUACCUGCGCUGCCAAAAUCUUCAAUUUUUUUUAUAAUGGAGAUAAGAUGAAACAACUAUUGCUCAUUUUAGAAGAUGACUGGAGAAACGUGAAAACCUAUUCGGAGGCUGCAAUCUUGAAUAAAUACUCUCUCUUUGCGAGGAAAUUGACUCUUAUGUAUUGUGGUGCCUUGUACGGAACGAUGACUCCGUUCUUGCUGAUUCCACUUGUGCCGAUAAUCCAUAAUUUCAUAGCGACUCAAAAUGAUUCCAUAUCGAAACAAUUAAUGUUUGAGCAAGUUGAUUAUCUGCUAGACACGGAAAAAUACUACUAUCCUUUAUUUAUUCACGGUUAUUGCGGAACUUUGGCGUUCCUCACAGUCGUCGUUGCUAUUGAUACCAUGUUUAUGGUCUAUGUUGAACAUGCCUGCGCCAUUUUCGCUGUUGUAGGGUGA